AUGAUUCGCGUAUCACUUUAUGGCCGUCUCCUUGCGGAAUCAAAUGAAACUAUCCUUAUAGAAGGGAAUCACUACUUUCCACGUGCAUUUGUGAGGAAAACGAUUCUCACCCCUUCAGAUACGACUACGGUAUGUCCAUGGAAAGGGACGGCCUCUUACUACAACGCUGUGAUCGAAGGGAAGGUUUUCAAGGACGUCGCAUGGUAUUAUCCCAACACAAUAUCCGACAAAGCAAAACCCAUAGAGGAUUAUAUCGCAUUUGAUAAGAGUAAAGUGGAUAUAGAAACGAUGUAG